UCAAGUUUUACAAAAGGAUUUAUUGUAACAAAGUCAUUAUUCUACCAUGUUAAACCAAAUGUCAUGCAUUUAGUGUUUUCACAUGUUUCAUAUUCAAAAUUUCACUGUUUUUGUUCCCAUAUUGAAUGUUCUCACUUUACAUCAUUGCAUUUUUUACUGAUAUAUGUUGUCAUGUUCUGCAAACAUGAUAUCCAGAUAUUGUAACUCUCACUCUGUGUUUCUCUCUGCAGGUGCAGCAGACUGCACACCCUGUCCACAGGAAUACUGGUCCAAUGAGAGGAAAGACGAGUGCAUUCCCAAAACAACUGAGUUCCUGACGUACCAUGAGCCCAUGGGAAUAGCUCUCACAGUUGUUUCUCUGCUGGGAGCCUCCCUGUCACUGGUCACCAUGAUGGUUUUCAUCCACUACAGAGAAACUCCUGUAGUAAAGGCCAGCAACUCAGAGCUCAGCUGUUUCUUGCUGUUUUCUCUCUUCCUCUGUUUUCUCUGUCCUCUCACUUUCAUGGGCAGACCCACAGUGUGGACCUGCAUGCUGCGACACACAGCUUUUGGUGUGACAUUUGCUCUUUGUAUUUCCUGUGUCUUGGGGAAAACUAUUGUUGUUGUUACAGCUUUCAAAGCCACAAUUCCUGGCAACAAAGUUGCAGGAAAGUUUGGUCCUGCACAGCAAAGGAUCAUCGUUUGCUCCUGCACCAUGAUUCAAAUAGUGAUAUGUGUAUUGUGGCUGAAGUUAAAGCCACCUUUCCCUAACAUGGUUUUCAGAUACAGUAACAAGAAGAUUGUUUUAGAAUGCAACACAGGCUCUGAGGCUGCUUUCUAUGCAGUGCUGGGCUACAUAGGAAUCCUUGCAGUAGUUUGUUUGGUUCUGGCAUUUCUGGCAAGAAAGUUGCCUGAUAACUUUAAUGAAGCCAAAUUUAUCACAUUCAGCAUGUUGAUAUUCUGUGCCGUCUGGAUCACAUUUAUCCCAGCAUACAUCAGCUCUCCUGGGAAGUUCACUGUAGCUGUGGAAAUCUUUGCAAUUUUGUCCUCAGCGUUUGGCUUGUUAAGUAGCAUCUUUGCACCUAAAUGUUACAUAAUAUUGGUGAAGCCAGAGAAAAAUACCAAGAAACAUGUCAUGGGAAUAAAUAGCAACAAAAAGAUAUGAUUUCUUUAUUUUAAUGGAUCGUCUUCUGUUAAAAUACUUUUAUCCAAUGUAUUAUGGUUAAAUGGAUACAGCAUAUUGAAAUGUGUGCGUUU